AUGUCUAAUCGGAUUCUAUCCAGCAUGCAGCAGGCGCGCCUUGCCCUGCUCAAAAAGAUUUACAAACCAGCCGCCCGCUUACAGAAAGGGUCUUUCGAGUACGAAAAGCUGGCGCGCUCCGGACGGGUAUGGGAAGAUUACUUUAUGCCCGGCAACAGCCUCAAGAUAGGGUACGUCGAUGUGCAGCGGAAACUGACGGGACUGCUAUAUCAAAUCGAUCACCUCAGAGGGAGGCUGCCAGUAACGGACCUAGGGAAAACCCUGAUUGCCAAGUACGCCCAGCAGUCCGUAAUGAUUGAAAACAACCAUCUUUCAGUGACAGACGCGAUCCGCAUUACCGAAAGCCUGCGAGCUGACCUUGCUUCCACGCCUAGCCGCGAGCUUGCCACACUUGUGACGGCGUGGAUUGCUGCAAGAGGCGCAGGCGUCACCGAGUCGGUAACGAAUGAGCUGCAGAACCACAUCAUCGCAUCUCAAUGGAUCGCAGAGAACGCGGUGGCCAAGGCUGGUACGGCGGGACUAUGCGAAGCCGAAGUACGAGACCUUGCCGUGGUGUCCGUCGUUAAUACAGACUCCGAAAUAGCCUAUGACACCUGGAGAACAGACUCAGACUCAAAAAGGGCUGGCGGCAACUUGGUAUGGGGAUCGCGAGUCCCGCUGGGAGAGUACCGUAAUCUGCCCAUCAGCGUACGCAGCAAUCGUCUUCGAAUCUUUUCGUACCCGCAAGAGGUUCCGGUCUGCAUGGAGAGCUUCUUCCAAUGGCGGGACCUGCAGCAUCGAGAGAGGCCGCUGCACCCGCUGAUACUGGCUUGUCAGAUGACAGCCUACUUUGUUCUCGUUCAUCCGUUUCCCGAUGGCAACGGGCGAACCAGUCGCAUGAUCAAGCAGGAUUACCUGGCGCGUCAGGGCUACGUUCCUGUCGUCAUCCGGGACUUGAAGCGGGAAGACUACCUGCGGAUGAUCGACGGCGCCGGCGAAGGCAAACCGGAGGAAUUCAUCACAGCGGUGCUUGAGGCUCAAUUGGCUGUGUGGCACCGGGCUUCCACGCGCCUCAAGAUGUAGAUGGCACACGUGUCACUGUCACUCCACGUUUGAUCCGUCCCGGGGUUGCGGUACGUCUGUGGAAGUCAUCCGUUCAGGGUAGGGCUCGGAGAAUUUAGCGGUGUCUUGUGAUGUCCCGGGAGACCGACGAUUGCUGACCGCCGUAGGAUAGUGGGGUUUUGAAACAAGCGACGGCUCGCAUCUGCUAAGAGAAUGCGAGCAAAUACGGCUUGGCUGGUCGAUCGGGGGACGGCGACAAAAUACCCGCCGUACGGGAGAGAGUAGCUGCGUUACGCCCGCGAUUCGGUUUAGCGUGAGGCCCCUAUCAUAAGUACAUUAGCUACGGCGGCGACAGUGCACUCCGCGAUCCGACUGGCAUUGUCUGUCGUCCAGGUAAGUAGGCUGCCUAAUAAUCAAUUGCCAUCUCUAAUCGACCAUAUCCGAGCCCGCGUAUUCAA